CGGGAGGGCGGUGUGCGCCUGCGCGGCGAGGGCUGUGACGGCGGCGGCGGGGCCCUGUGUGUGAGGGGGAGGCGACGGCGGUGAAGAGUGGAGAGUGAUCCCCUCAGGCCCAGCGGGAGAGGAGGAGGAGAAGGAGGAGAAAGAGGGAGCCCGGGCGUCGCCGCCCCCUGUCAUGGCCGGGACGAGGCCUAGUCGGCGGGCGGAGAAGGAGGCGAAGGCGGCGAAGGAGGAGGAGGCGUCGCCCCUCAGCUAGGCCUCGGAUGUGGGAGAGGAUGGAGGCCAAGACGGUCGUCUACGACCUCGACACUUCGGGGGGCCUCAUGGAGCAAAUCCAGGCCCUCCUGGCGCCUCCCCGCAGCGACGACGCCGCCUUGCUCGGGACCGAGAAGAGGAGCCGCAGGACAGAGCGAGGAGGCGGAGGGGGGGAGCCGCACCACCACCACCCCCAGCACCACCACCACCAGCAGCAUCACCACCACCACCCCCAGCACCACCACUCCUCCUCCUCGGCCGCCUCCGCCGCCGCCUCGGCCCAGAGGAGGAGCGGGAGGGCCACCAACCACGACAGCUGCGACAGCUGCAAGGAAGGCGGGGACCUGCUCUGCUGCGACCACUGCCCCGCCGCCUUCCACCUCCAGUGCUGUAAUCCUCCGCUGAGCGAAGAGAUGCUGCCUCCGGGCGAGUGGAUGUGCCAUCGCUGUACGGUGCGCCGAAAGAAGAGGGAGCAGAAGAAGGAGCUCGGGCAUGUCAACGGGCUGGUGGACAAGUCCGGCAAAAGGGCCACCUCUCCCCCGCGGGACGUGGACUACUUGGAGCGGGGCGGCGGGAGCCUCCGGGCCCUCUCCCACGCCCGGCUCUUGGAGCGGAGGGCCAGCCGCCCGGGCACCCCCACCUCCAACGCCAGCACCGAGACCCCCAACUCGGAGCAGAACGACAUGGACGAGGACAUCGUGGACGUGGACGAAGACUCGGGCCCGGCGGGCGAGGCGGACGGCGGGCAGCCCCACCUCAAGCGACCCUUCGAGCUGCUCAUUGCCGCCGCCAUGGAAAGGAACCCCACCCAGUUCCAGCUGCCCAACGAGCUGACCUGCACCACGGCCCUGCCAGGUACGAGUAAGCGGCGGCGGAAAGAAGAAACCAGCGGGAAGAACGUCAAGAAAGCUCAGCACGAGCUGGACCACAACGGAUUGGUGCCCUUGCCGGUGAAGGUCUGCUUCACUUGCAGCAGGAGCUGCCGGGUGGCCCCGCUCAUCCAGUGCGACUACUGCCCGCUGCUGUUCCACAUGGACUGCCUGGAGCCUCCGCUCACGGCCAUGCCCCUGGGCCGCUGGAUGUGUCCGAACCACAUUGAGCACGUGGUGCUGAACCAGAAGAACAUGACCCUGAGCAACCGCUGCCGGGUCUUCGACCGCUUCCAGGACACCAUCUCGCAGCACGCCGUCAAGGUGGACUUCCUCAACCGGAUCCACAGGAAGCACCCGCCCAACCGCCGUGUGGCCCAGUCCAUGAAGAGGAAAGGCUUGAAGAUCCCGGACGCUAUCAAAUCCCAGUAUAAGAUCCCUCCUCCGCUACUGGCGCCGGCGGGGAUCCGAGACGGGGAGCUCAUCUGCAACGGGGUCCCCGCGGAGGAUGCCCUGCACACGCACCUUUGCAAUCCGGAGCACUUAGCCAGCCAGUCGGAACAGCAAGAGUGGUUGUGCAGCGUGGUGGCCCUGCAGUGCAGCAUCUUGAAACACUUGUCUGCCAAGCAGGCGCCUCCUCCUUCGCCUUGGGACUCGGAGCAGGCGGAGAAGGCCGACGUGAAGCCGGUGGUGGUCUCGGCCCCCGACAAGGCCGACCUCCCUUCGCUCUACUUGGCCUCCGCCCAGAACUCCUUCCCGGAGGACGCCCGCUUCUCCCCGUGCACGGACCGGCCCAGGAAGGCCUCCCCCUGCGGGACCGCCAACGGCCCCAACGUUGCCCCAACGGACGCCAAGGCCAACGGGCCGCACUUCUAUGGGGCCGGCCUCCCUGCGGUCUUGCCACAACGGCAGCAGCAACAACAACCCUGGCCCCGGCCCGCCACUCCCCCGGCGGCCAGUGUCGGGCUCCUCAACCACGUGGUGAAGACGGAGAACGCAGCGGGCCCGCUCUCCUGCGCACACCGGGGGCUGAAGAACGCGCAGGCGCAGGCGGGGUCCCUGCUCUCCAUGGACCUGGGGGCCCUGGAGUCCCCUCUGACCGCCACCCGGGCACUGACCCCUCCCCAGGCCGCCCUGGGCGACGGCAGCGCCUCCUCCAUCCGGGCCGCCCACGGCUUCUGCUCCCCGGCACCCCCUCCAGACGGCAAGGCCAGUCCCAGCGCCUUGCCCCUCGGCAGCCUCUUGGCCUCCCCCUCCUUGCUCCUUUCCAAUUCUUCGGCCGCGCUGGACCUCGCCGGGUCCUUGAAAGCAUUGAUGGACGGCAGCGGAGAGAUCGAGAUCAAUAUGCUGGACGAGAGGUUGAUCAAGUUCCUGGCCUUGCAGAGACUACACCAGCUCUUCACGUCGAAGGUCCAGCCCUUCGCGGGCAGCCUCGGGCCCCAGCCGCCCAGCCCACAGGACCACCCCUCCGAAGGGCAGGAGAAGGAGGUGCAGGCCCGGGCCGUCUUCUACCCGCUCCUGGGGAUGGGCAGCGCUGUCAACAUGUGCUACAGGACUCUCUACAUCGGAGCAGGAGCCGACAUGGACGUGUGCCUUACGAACUAUGGUCACUGCAACUACGUGUCGGGCAAGCAUGCCUGCAUCUUUUAUGACGAGAACACCAAGCAUUACGAGCUGCUCAACUACAGCGAACACGGCACAACGGUGGACAAUGUCCUGUAUUCGUGUGACUUCUCGGAGAAGACGGCCCUCGUCCCGCCCAGCAGCAUGGUUGCCAAAGUACAAAGCGUGAUCAAGCGCCACAAGAGCCGGAAGCAGCAGCAGCAGCAGAAGCAGGAGGAAGUUCCUCCCAGCGAGGAGGCCCCCGGGGUGGCAGUGGCAGGGUCGUCGGCGGUGAUGGCGAUGCGCUCCCAGGCUCAGGGCCCGGCGCUGCGCCCGUGCAACUGCAAGGCCAGCAGCUCCAGCCUGAUUGGGGGCAGUGGGGCUGGCUGGGAGGGGACGGCCCUCCUCCACCACGGCAGCUACAUCAAGCUGGGCUGCCUCCAGUUCGUCUUCAGCGUCACGGAGUUUGCGACCAAACAACCCAGGGGCGUUGGCGGUGUUGGCGUUGGCGGGGAGGCGGACUUGGAGGAGAAGCUGCCCCUGGCCAAGGCCCACCAGGUCCCCGUGCUGCGCUCCCACUCGGUGCCCUAGGACCCACGCCGAGGGGGGGGUGUCCGAGGGGGGGGAUCAGAGACCCUCGCCUUUCCCCCUUGACUCUCCCCUUGUGCAUGGGUGACAUGAAGAAGAACUUUCAGAGUCUCUCUCCUUUCUUUCUUUUUUUUUGUAAUGGUUUGCUCAAGUUUUAGGGGGCAUUUGCACAUAUAUUUGUACUAUAUACAUUUCAUUUAAGAGCCCGAACCCACCGGAGGAGGAAACUGCAGCGGACACUUCGCCCCUUCCGCCGGCCGUUGUAAAAAAAAAAGAAAAAAGACCCAGAAACUUGUUCUAUUUUGUGCCAGUGACAAUAGUUUUUUAUAUUAAAAAAAAAAGAGAGAAAGAAAGAAAUACAGUUUUCAUACCGCAAACAAAAAAAAAAAUUCUAUACCAUUAUCACGGUUGUAUUAUUUAAUUGUAAAGGCGUUGCUCUAUU